AAUUUGGUAACCUUAAAGAUAUAAGUAUAAGUUAUACUUUACUUUAAAAUAAAUGACUAGUCAUAAGAAAAGAAAUUGGCCAUCCAAAUAUAACAAUCUGCUCCAUUAUAUCACGUACUCAAGCUCGUAAGGCAAGUAAGUUAUGUCCCUAUUUGUCAAUUUGGUUGUAUCUACCGUUGACAAAACUGUAACAUCCAUUGUAGUAAAAAUUGGGCAUGAAAACAUACAUAACGACAUAUGAUAACAUACAAGGAACAUUGAAUCACGAAGCACACACACACAUAUAUAUAUAUAUAUAUAUAUAUAUAUAUUCAUAUGCACACAAACACAGAUAGAGAUGAACAGAAACACAUGACAUAACUGUCCAAUGGAGAUCAACCAGAAGAAGCUUUGGCUUUCUUUAAUUGUGCUUUAUGCAAUCACGACAUCGGUUUUGGGGGACUUUGGAGGUCCAUUACUGAAGGAUUUCUACAAAGAGAGUUGCCCAUUGGCAGGGGAAAUCGUGAGGCAUAACGUUGAGGUUGCUGUUCUCAAAGAUCCUCGUAUGGCUGCUUCUCUUCUCCGUCUUCAGUUCCACGAUUGCUUCGUCUUGGGUUGUGAUGCGUCUGUGCUCUUGGACACACAUGAAGAUAUGUUGAGUGAGAAACAAGCAACUCCUAAUGUGAACUCUUUGCGUGGAUUUGAAGUAAUCGAUUACAUUAAGUACCUCCUCGAAGAUGCUUGUCCUCUAACCGUCUCCUGUUCUGAUAUUCUCGCCAUGGCCGCUCGUGACUCUGUCUUCCUGAGAGGUGGACCAUGGUGGGAAGUAUUGCUUGGGAGAAGAGACUCAUUAAAGGCAAGCUUCGCAGGCGCAAACCAAUUCAUUCCAGCACCAAACUCCUCCCUCGACAGCCUCAUCAUCAAUUUCAAGCAACAAGGCCUCGACAUUCAAGAUCUCAUCGCUCUUUCAGGCGCUCAUACAAUAGGUAAAGCGAGAUGCUUGAGCUUCAAGCAACGCAUUGUCCAGCCAAACAUUGAACAAACGUUCUACGUAGAUGAGUUCAAGAGACACAGCACAUUCCGCCGAGUGCUACGGUCACAAUGCAAAGAUUCAAGCCGCGACAAUGAACUGUCUCCACUGGAUUUAAAGACACCAGCUUACUUUGAUAACCAUUACUACAUCAACCUGUUAGAGGGGAAAGGGUUGUUGAUUUCGGAUAACGUUCUGGUCUCGGAAGAUCAUGAAGGAGAGAUCUUUCGGAAAGUUUGGGAAUAUGCAGUUGAUCAAAAUCUCUUCUUUGCAGAUUUUGUAGAGUCUAUGUUGAAAAUGGGGAAUAUUAAUGUUCUUACAGGCAUUGAAGGUGAAAUUAGGGAAAAUUGUAGAUUUGUCAAUGUCUAAAUACAAUAACAUCAAUCAUUACAAAUCAUUAAACAUCCACCAAGAAUAAUUACUGGGAUUCCAUUA